UACGAUGAGAUUGAGAAUUAACAUUUCUCUCUUUCUUCUUGGUGCAGUAAUCUCACAGCACAAGAUGUCUGCCCCUUCAAAGGAGGUGUGUGGAAUGAAUGAAGGAAAAAGAGGUGGUGGUGACGAUGGUGUUGGAGUUGGAAUUGGGUGUUCUCUCUCAGGGAAUAAGGAUUUCUUUGAUGUUAUUCUGUCAAAGACAAAUGUCACCUCCCCUCAUCAUCUGCGUCCACAAAAGCACAUUCUUCCCAAACUUCCUGGUGUGACGGUGCCUUUGGUUCUGAGGCACGGUGAUAAGCAAUGGCAGAUGAUGUAUCUUGGAGGCGACAAGCGGCCGAGGUUUGAGAGUGGUGUUUGGAAAAGAUUCGUGAAUGAUAACAAUCUGAAAGAGGGAGAUGCUUGCGUCUUUGAGGUGAUGGAGUCGAGCGCUCAGAUUCUCAGACUCGACGUUGUCAUCAUCAGGAACACCAUGGAUCUGCCGCCUGCGCUGCUGUCCAAGAUUCAAUCCCGGGGCAAGACACCGGAGACAGCUAUCGAGCUUUAACUCUGGUAUUUUCACCAUUAGAUUGUAGUCUACUCUGUUUUCAACUCUGCUUACUUAAGUUAUGGAACGACUGUUACUUAGAUUAAUAUGUCAUGUGCCUUGUGGAAGGUGGAUUUAAUGUGCAUGUAUCAUCAUUGGUAACUAAUAAUAGAGAUGCCCAUCGGAUAAACUCAUCGAGA